AUGGAAGAGGUGGAGAGACGAAAACAGUACGGAGGAGGUGGUGAGGGGAAAACAGUAUGGAAGAGGUGGAGAGGCGAAAACAGUACCAAGGAGGUGGUGAGGGGAAAACAGUACGGAGAAGGCACAGAAAUGGUGGGUGAGGGGAAAACAGUACGGAGGAGGUGGAGAGGGGAAAACAGGACGGAAGAGGUGGUGAGGGAAAAACAGCACGGAGAAGGCACAGAGAUGGUGGAGAGGGGAAAUAGUACGAAGGUGGAGAGGGGAAACAGUAUGGAAGAGGUGGAGAGGCGAAAACAGUACGGAAGAGGCAGAGAGGCGAAAACAGUACGGAAGAGGCGGAGAGGGGAAAACAGUACGGAAGAGGCGGUGAGGGGAAAACAGUACAGAAGAGGCGGAGAGGCGAAAACAGUACGGAAGAGGCGGAGAGAGGAAACAGUACGGAAGAGGCGGAGAGGCGAAAACAGUACGGAAGAGGCGGAGAGGGGAAAACAGUACGGAAGAGGCGGAGAGGCGAAAACAGUAUGGAAGAGGCGGUGA